AUGGCCGAUCCCCGCUAUGGCUCUUACAAGGAUCUGGCCAAGAAUUAUGAGAUGCGACUAGAUGCCCUUCUAGAACUGGGGAUCUUUAGGCCAGUUUUACUCUAUCACGUUGUCAUCCUCAACAUUUUGCCUUUGAUAGGUCUGGUUAUUCCUCGCAGCAAAGGCGGACAAUUUUUUCGAAAGGGACUUUUCGUCAUCUGCAUUGCAAUUGCAAUCGAAAUAUUCAAAAACCGACGAGCGAUUAUCGGAGGUAAUGGCUAUAUGCUUGGUCUGAUUACCGCGUGGUGGUUGGUAUGGAAUGCCACGUUGUUUGUACUCACAGACCUUGAACAUGAUUUCAAGCGCAUUGAACGGAAACCUGUCGAUAUCAACUGCCAGAAUGAGCCCAAAAUUGAAACUAGGGCCGUCAAAAAGUCGCUCGAGUCGCAUAACUUAAGAUGCACACAACGGGAGAGCAACCUUUAUAUUUGGCGGUCAUAUCCCGAAAACUUUUGGCAUCGUCUUGAAUGGUCUGCUGGACUGCUCUUCAACCUGAGGGGACCAGAAUGGAACUGGCGGGCUUCCCAUCUGGGUCCUCUUCCACGACCAAUUCACGACCAAUUGCAUUCAGAAUUCGUAGACAGAAUCAACGCACAUGAUCCCGCAAGUGAAACCUCUACAUAUCCCAGCGGCAAAGACCGCCUGCAGGCUGCCUUUCGGAAGUUCUUCAUAUCUUAUCUUGUGCUGGAUAUCUUGAAAGUCAUAAUCCUGAUGCCAGAUCCCUACUUUCGAGGCCUCACUUCAGCUGAAUCACUGUCACCAUUUCCUUUCUUCUAUUUCACAAAUCUCACAUUACAUCCUGCCAUAGCCCGGCUUUUUCAUCGUUUAUACAGCGCCAUAAGUGUGUAUUUUGCUCUCGAGCUGGUGACAUCACUGAAUCCAAUUUUCUUCCUGGGGCUAUCUCUCGCAUUCCCUAACGGGGCUAAGAAGCUGACAGCCGCACCGUUGGGUGCUUCAUGGCUGUAUUCUGAUACAUUCGGGCCAUUCUUCACCCCGAUCCUUGACGAAGGAUUGGCGGGCUGCUGGGGUCGUUGGUGGCACCAAAUUUUCCGCUACGGAUUUGUAACUUCAGCACGUUGGAUUCUAUCCGUGCUUCCGGCUGGCUGGGCUUCCCAUCUGCAGUUCCGUCGUGUAACGUACGUGAUGGUGGCUUUCUGUCUAAGCGGCUUUGUACAUGCCUGUGGAAGCCACACCCAGAUUGAGGAUACAUCCCCCGUGUCCGGGACAUUCCUAUUUUUCUCUUUGCAGGGUGUUGCAAUCAUGGCAGAGCAGGUUUUCAAGUCAUCGAUCCUUCGAAAGUCGCCCUUUGCUGGUACACCGAGAUGCCUAAGACGAACGGCAAACUUUGUGUGUGUAUUUUGUUGGUUGAUGCUCUCAGGUGGUCUUGUAGCGGAUGACUUUGCGAGGGGUGGCUUAUGGUUGAUGGAGCCUCUUCCAAUCAGUCCACUUCGUGCAUUGGGAUUUGGGCUACAAGGCCAAAGUUGGUGGUGCUGGAAUGAGCCAUGGUUCCGGUAUUGGAGCGAUGGUACAUACUGGGGGAGUGGCAUACGGGUGUUGUAA